UUGGACGUUGUUUUAAACUUUUUUUCUUUUUUUCUUCUUUGGUGGCCCUGUCUUUGCCGUCCAAGCCGUAGGUCCACUUUACAAAUAAUAAUAAAAAAAACAUAGCGUACGAUGAAAGAAGAAAAGGCCAUUGCUACCAUUGAAGGAUGGGAAGAUGGCAAGCCGUAUAUACGAGACACGUCCAAACUGGAUCGCUGGGAACUUCAGUCGGCGGAACGGUUAACGAUUCACAUUGGCGACGAGGAUGUGGUGCUGGUACAAGAUCCUCAUUCCAACCAUCUCGGUGGUUAUAUUUGGCUGACAUCCAUCGUAUUUUGUAAAUAUCUCUAUGCUCUCAGCCAUAAACGCGAUCGCCACAACUUCAUUCAACUGGAUCGCAACAAGCGGUGGGUCGAACUAGGGUCCGGAGUCGGUUUGAUUGGUAUCAUGUUACACAAGCUCGGUCUGGAGAAUGUCACCAUCACAGAUAUUGCCGAGUUGCUGCCUACAAUGGAGCGAAAUGUGGAAGCGAACAAUUACGCGGUGCACACCAUCACCGGCCGACGGGAAAACACAGCAAAGCAAGACAAUCAAUCCAUCAUUGUUGAACCGUUGCUUUGGAAUGAUGCCGAAGCUAUUAGUCACAUCAAGUCGAUGGGAGAUAUUGAUUACAUUGUCGCUUGUGAUUGUAUCUACUCGGAAGCCAGCGCCAUUGACCUUGUGGAAACAAUGGAUCAUUUGGCGACAAGUCAAACCUACAUUAUUUGUAUCAGUGAAGUCCGCAAUCAAGCUGCUCAAGACGCUUUUCUGGCAGAAGCGAAAAAGCGAUUCACGGUCGACCUUAUACCCGCCAUCCAAUGGCAAAAGAAAGUAACCGACAUAUCGUUUGACGAAACAUUGAAUUUGUAUCGAUUACGAAAACCAAAACGAGCGACAAAGUGAUUCGAAGCCUGAUCUUGCAUAAGCUACUAAUCUUCAUCCAAUGGAUUUUUUGAUUACUACAAAAAGACGUCGAGCACGAAUGCAAUAAAAAACAGCAAAUGACACAGUGGUUC